AUGGCACUGCUUUUGAUCUCAUUUGGCUCUUUUGCUGGCGACUUUGGGGCCGGUUCCGGCGUUGCGGUUGUCUUCCUCCAGGGCACGGAAUGGGUAAUUUCGCCUGCUACCGCCAACCAUGCCAACUCCCUCGCCGCGGUUAUGUGCGGUGUUUCAGGAAUCGUCUGGAUGCCCCUACUCAAUGCUUGGGGAAGAAUUCCUGUCCUCUUUUGGUCCAGCGUUCUCGGCUUGUUCUUCACCCUGGGAGGUGUCCUGGCGCCUAAUUUCCCAACCCACUACGCCAUGCGCAUACUGAAGGGGAUAACGCAGAGUACAGGACAGACAAUCGGCCUCGCUUUCAUCGAAGACUGCUUCUUUUUUCACGAGCAUGCGCGGAAAAUUGGCAUCUGGUAUGCGAUAUAUAUAAGCUCGCCGUUCCUGGCUCCUAUGUUUGCCAACUUCAUCAUUGGUGAGACGGCAGAAUGGCACACUAUCUUCUGGUGUGUGUUCGCCUGGGCGGCGGCCUUGCUUUGCAUGAUCCUCGCUUUCGGAGACGAAAGUUAUUACAACCGUAUGGUCCCGGUCGACCAACAGCCUCCUCGUGGAAAGGGCCAUGUCAAUCGUUUGCUCAGAGUUAUUGGCGUUUGGCAGCUCAUGCACCACUCCAACUACUUUUCAACCAUUGCGAGCUCAUACUUGCGCCUUUUUGAGGUGUUUCUCAAGCCGGUCAUAAUGUUGACCAUGCUAUUCUAUGCAGCAAUUUUCAUGUGGAUGAUCGGGCUUUACCUUUCCUCUGUUAUCUUGCUUGGCACACCUAGUGCUGCGGGUGGAUACGGCCUACCACCAGUGUCUGUGGGCUUCGUCUUCUUCUCGCCUCUGGCGGGCGUCCUCCUUGGCGAACUCUUUGGCCAUUUCUUCAAUGAUUUUAUCGUCAGAGUAUACAGCAAGCGCUCCAAGGGGUACUUUGUCCCCGAAGUACGACUCUGGGCAACUUACGUCGGCCUGGUGUUCAUGGUCCCUGGCCUGGUUAUUGUUGGGGUCACACUACAACACAAACUCAGUGUAGCUGGUAUUGUGUUUGGUUGGGGUAUGGACGUUUUUGGGUUGAUGGUUACUUCGGUUGCUACAGUGGCAUUUGCCUUGGACUGUUAUCCGUCAGCUUCUGGUGAGGUGUCCGCGCUCAUCAACAUGGCUCGAGUAGGAGCAGGGUUUGCCGUUCCAUACUUUGUGGAGUCCUGGGCGGAAAAGGAAGGUUACGCUCUCAGCUUUGGAUUACAAGCUGUGGUCGUGGUCGCUGCAUUUGGUGUAGUUGCACUUAUCCAGCUAUAUGGUUCCAGACUUCGGGCUUGGGCUGGUCCAGUUAAGCCGCUGAAGCUGGCUUAG